AUGGGGGACGUUAUUCAAACCGCCGUCAAGCACGUCGCCGGAGGCAUCGGCUUCGUGUCAGAGGGCGUCGCUGCUUACAAAAACCGAAAGCGCUCGCAAGACCAGUCUACUACACCGGCGGACGAGUCCCAUGAAAAGGAAAACACGAUGAGGACGAGAAAGAGGAUAUCUCGACCGAAAAUAGCCAGAAUCCGGUCGAGUUCGCUGAUACCUUCACCAAAGGAUCAGUCGCGCGGAUUCAUGCGUGCCUAUUCUCCGGUCCUGGCCGAUGUGGGCAUCGAUCAGUCGACGUUCCUCGACUUCCUCGAGACCUUGGGCCGGGCCUGUCGCGCAUCGCCAUGGAUUCAUACGAUCAAUCUGGCCUCUAUCGGGACGCUGUUUCUGCCGACGGCGACCUCGAUCGCUGUGUCGAUUGCCAUCCAGCUCGCCACGAUGACAGCGAUUGAGGCUCACAGUCGAUACAACGGGACGACAAACGGCACGAAUCUGCCGUUUACGGAGGUUGCGCCGCUCGUUUUUCCUGCGGCUGAGCUUCAGGAAGCGCCGACAGAUAAAAAUAAAGGGAAGUGGAAGAGCAAGAUGAAGGCAACGAAGGAAUUCGUCGGUGAUUAUAUGGACCAGAGGGCGCAGACAAAACUUGCGAUGAAGAAUCCGAACGGCCCUCUACCCACCGGACCGACGCCGACUUUUGCGUCGCGAUUCGCUGAUCCCAGUCAUCCCGCAAGCAGCGGGUCGCUUGUCUCUCUGGUAACAAGUGGCCAUAUCGAUCUGCCACUUCCCAUCAUCGGAAGCGGGUCAGCACCGGCACGAUCGAGAGGAUCCAAAAGCGUAGUACAAUCAGCCCUGGCGGAAAGACAGUCCCAGUCCACACAGGGAGGAAUCCCAAGCCUGAUCAACGAAAUAUACGAGUUCGCCAAGGAGUUUGGAUUUGAAAUCGUCGCGCCUGCGAGUCCCGGGACCCGACGGUCCAGCAGUCCCAGUCUCAGCAGCCUAGCUGCUCUCCCAAACAUAGGUCCUGACAAUCUGAAAAAGUUUAUCAAGAAGAAUGUGCUGUACCUGAUGAUCGUCAACAUGCCAACUGAAGCGGAAAUGCAGAACGCGCAGAGAGUAGUUGCCGAAUCGACAUCGCCGAUGACCGUUGGGAUGACGACGAAGACUGAUACUGAAGUAUACGAGUUGGGAACUUCUAGCGAAGUGCACGAGUUAGGAGGGUAG